GCGCGCGUGGGAUCCACACACACACGUUGUAGCUCGAUAUCUAGAAAACUAUUUAACAGACCAGAAGCAGACAUACAUACAGAGAAACAGGGGGAAAAAAGAUGAGGAUGUUUCCGAAGUUCAAAUCGCUUUCUAGAGCAGUGCACGAGGAACGAGAUAGUGAGCAGGAGAAGAAAGCGUACCCGAGAACCGAAGGAACUCCAUGCUCAUCGCUAACAGUCUGGAGGAAGUCACUUGUAAUUAGUUGUGAAGGAUUCACGGUGAUCGAUUCUGAUGGAAAUUUGGUGUAUCGGGUCGAUAACUAUAUCGAGCGCCCAGAGGAAGUCGUUCUCAUGGACGGCGCCGGAAAAUCUGUCCUCACCAUGCGCCGCCGUAGGAAACUCGGACUUGGAGAUUGCUGGUUUAUAUACGAAGGGGAAGUGGGCGACUGCCGUUUGAGGAAUGGAUCGGCGGAGAGUCCGAUUUUCCGUGUGAGGAGGCGUGUGAAUAUUUUACAGGGUAAUCCCAACGUUCAGGCGACUGUAUACCGUGGGACUUCAGAUAAACGACACGCGUUUUCAAUUGAAGGUUCUUAUGCACGCAGGACAUGUAAGGUGUUGGAUGAGUCGAAGGAGGUCGUUGCUGAGAUUAAGAGGAAGGAAGCCAGUAGCAAAAACGUGUCGUUUGGAAUAGAUGUUUUUCAGUUGAUUGUACAGCCGGGUUUUGAUGCUGGGUUUGCCAUGGCUCUCGUUUUACUCCUUGAUCAAAUGUUUUCAUGACACUUUGCUUGUUUUCCCGUUAGCCACCAAUCAUACUAUGUGCAUGAAUAUUUUGAGAAGGAGUAAUACAAUUCGAGAUUGGUCUCUUGUCAUGA